GCGUAGCUAAACCAAGAUCGCUUCCUCCACGGAAACUGCUUAUCAGUAUUAUAUUAAUAGCGUAUCAUCUUUGUCUUGUCCCAAUAUCGCUUAUUAAAUCAUGUGCCCAAUCUCUGCACCUAUGAUUCUCGACCAACAUCAUCUGAGGUCCCGUUCACGAGUCCUGGCUAAGACCCGAGUUCUGCCGCUCCUGCGCCCGGCCAAGGAACCCGACUUGGGGCCAAGUACACCUGAUUGGUUCAUUCAUUCAAACCCCUCCCCUGCUGUCUGUGGUGAGCGUGAACAACAAAUGUCGAAUCCUUCUUGAUGGUAAUUACCACUGGCACGCCACUUCUGACCACACGCGCUGGCUGCCAUAGUGUUCUCCUAUCCACCCAUUCAUCCCCCCCGCCCCCCUGUGAACCAGAUACGUACGCGCCCAUGUCGUCUUUCAGACCGCCCGACGUGAGCCUAGAGCACGCCUCGGCGUCCGGGUCGCUAACGCUGCCCGAACUGGUCGACUUCCACGCCGAAAACAAUCCCGAGCACCUAUUCUGCCUCCAGGCCGAGGCAAACGAGGCCGGAAAUGGCCACAAUUUCGUUCCCCUGAGCUACGAGAAGUUACAGCGCGCCAUCAUUCGCUGCCAGGCAUGGCUCAGGCAACAGACGACCAGCCUCCACCCGCCCGAGACCGAUGCCGAUGGGAGCGUGAAGAAAUGCGCCCCCGUCGCGGUGCUCAUGGAGAGCCACGUCGGCUUGGCCAUCUGCGUGCUCGCCUGCAUGGGCAUGGGCGUGCCGGUCGUCCUCUUAUCGGCGCGUCUGAGCGCGCCGUCCGCACGGCAUCUAAUCCGCGAAACGGGCGCGAAGCUCGCUCUCGUGUCUCCCCGCCUGAUCGCCCUAGCUUCCGAGGCGGUGAGUGAAGAAUAUCGAGGCGCUGGAGAGCCGCCUGGUGAAAGCGCGACGGUGAUCCGCUCUGUGUCCGGCUACCUGCCGUUUCUCGCGGAUAAGCCCGCAGAACGCCGGGAUCGCACCCUUCGCGCGGCCCAUGCGGAUCACUACGUUUCGGAAGACGACCGCCAGGUUCUCAUCCUGCAUUCAUCGGGAACCUCGGGUCUGCCGAAACCGAUACCUUGCUCCCAUAGAUACUUUCUGGGCUACGCCACAUGCCACAACUUCCAAUCGACCGCAGAAGCUCAGGGACUGACGGUUUCAACACUACCGCUAUUUCACGGAUUUGGCUUUGUAUCUGUCUGCCUGUCUCUCAACAUCGGCAAGACAUUUUGCGCCCCUUCAUCCUCCACCAUCCCCAACGGCGCCAGCGUUGCGGCCCUCAUAGAGGACUCUCAAGCAAAGGCUCUGUUGACAGUACCAUCCAUCUUGGAGGAGAUUGAGGGCCUGCCAGACGGCAGAGGGCACGACGUCCUCCGCAAGCUAGAUUUUGUGGGCUUCGGCGGCGGUAGGCCCAAAGUUUCGGUCGGCGAGAGACUCGAACGUUCGGGCGUGAGACUCGUCGGUCAGUACGGCGCGACGGAGACCGGUCCGAUGACGCCUUUUUUCGUGCCCGGCAAGGGACAUGACUGGCGCCGACUGCGGCUUCGUGCCGACAUACUCGGGCCGCUCCAAGUAAAACUCGACCUCGUCGAUGCCACAGACGUAGAGAGCGCGCAGCCCGGAUCCGAAGAUGCACAAUCUUACAGUUACAAGCUCAGCAUGAAGCCUUUUGGAUGGCGGGAGCGCUUCGAGCUGCAGGAUGUGAUCGUGGCACGCACGGAACACGUCUCGGCCGACGACGUGGGACGGCUGGAUUUUGUGAUUGCGGGCCGCAAAGACGACUUGAUCUGUCUCGCCACCGGGGAGAAAGUGAGGCCCACGAUAUUGGAAUCCUUGCUCCGGCAGCACGAAUGCGUGAGAGACGCAACCGCAUUCGGAGAAGGACGGUUCGAGCUCGGUGUCAUCGUGGAGCCCACCAGACCCGUCGCACCCGGCGAGAUGGAUGACUUCAAAGUGUCUAUCUGGCCGGCAAUCGAGGAAGCCAGUCAUCAGAUGGAUGCUCACGCGAGGAUCACGUCACCGGCUGGGAUCCUCGUCGUCGCUCCCGGAGCGCUCCCGAGAUCGGAUAAGGGCACCGUCCUCCGGAGUGCGGUCUCGAGCAAGUUUGCCGAUGAGAUGGCGGCGGUAUACCGCGAUCUCGAGGCCGGCAUAGUCGCACCACCCAUCAAUCUGUCCUCGCCUGCGUCCAGCAUCAGGAAUCUCGUCACCCGCGACGUCAUGGGGCUGGUAGGCAAUGGCGGUGACUGGCGGGACGACGACGAUUUCUUCAUACUCGGCAUGGACAGCCUUCAAGCGACGAGACUACGGAGACUACUAAAGGCUGCAUUGCACGCAACACAUGCCGCUGCCGAGCCCGGGAUGACCAACGUCCUUGCCUCGGAAGCGGUCCGGGAUGACAUCGUCUAUAGCAACCCUUCUGUCAAUCGGCUUGUCGAGGCACUGAUUCCCGGUUCGUCCAAGACGAACGGCAUCAUCACCGAGAUGGAGCUUAUCGAACAGCUCGUUGGCAAGUACACCGGCAGAAGCGGACAUCGAGAGCAGCGGAAAGCUACAGUGUUGCUCACGGGCGGUACCGGUAGUCUCGGGUCUUUCUUUGUCGAGAGGCUCCUUGCGGAUGACCACGUGGGCAGUGUCAUUUGCUUGAACAGACCCGGGAAAGGAGAUGCGACAGAAACUCAGAAACUUGCGUUAACGUCGCGAAGAGUCUCUGUCGACGAAGACGCUUGGAACAAGUUGGAGGUUCACCAGACAAACACUGCAGAUCAGUGGCUCGGCUUGCCGGCAGCCGAGUACCUGCGCCUCGCGGCCAGGGUGACUCACAUCGUACAUAUCGCAUGGCCCAUGAACUUCAAGAUGGGUCUGCAGUCGUUCGAGCCUUCGUUCUCGAGCUUGCAGAGCCUCAUCCAGCUGGCGCGCCUGGCAAGUGUUCACCUGACGCAGAAGCCGAAGCUGCUGCUGAUAUCUUCCAUCUCCACGGUGGGAAACUAUCCAUCGAUCAAGGGAGAGGCAUUGGUCCCCGAGGCUCCCCUCGAGGAUCAAAGCUGGACGCUGGGUCUCGGUUAUGCCAAAGCCAAGCUCGUCUGCGAGAGAAUCGUCCAACGCGCGGCACAGGAACAUCCCGAGAUCGAGGCGGCGGUUGUCAGAGUCGGCCAGAUUGCCGGCUCCAGCAUCGGCUACUGGAACCCCGCCGAGCACUUCGUAGCCGUCUGCGCUUCUUCUCAAAAGUUGGGGAAGUUCCCCGACCUGCGUGGGACAUUGUCGUGGCUGCCGGUUGAUUCGGCUGCCGAAGCCCUCGCCGAGAUUCUCUUCCAUCAAGGACCGCUCCGCGCAGUCUAUCAUCUCGAGAACCCGGCCCGGCAAAGCUGGGGGGAAGUGGUCAGGCUGAUUUGCGAGGAACUGCGGAUAAGCAGCUCGUCCAUCAUCCCGCUCGAAGCCUGGCUCGACCUGGCGGAGGCUCUGACAGGACCGGGUAAUCCUGCCGCAGGCCUCACACAGUUUCUCCGAGAGGAUUUCACCAAAAUGUCGUGUGGUUCCGUUGUUCUGGAUACCAGCAAUUCCUGCAACGCGAGUUCGACAAUGGCCAACAUGACGUCGGUGAGGGAAGACUCCAUCAGGGCAUAUGUUUCCUACUGGAAGAGCAUCAAGCUGUUGGAAUAGACACCUUGAGGACCCUCAUCUCCGCGGUUUUUGCUGGGAUGCGUUGAAUGAGAGUAAACUUUUGAAAUGUCACAUUCUUGGAAUUCGAAAACAGUACUAAGAUUCGACUUAAUACUCUUUUCAUACCAAGGCCUUCAGUAUUUAGAUAUCUAAUCUAACAAAAUGUCGACCACUAGCAGAUAUGUAGAUUAGUAGGUAGCGAUCUGUAAUAAGCCAUAUCUUUAUCUUUUCUCCUCUUUUUUUUGAAACAAAGAAUUUACUUCCUGCAUUUAAUUACUAGUUCUAAUAGGGUGAGAAGUAACUAUUACUUGUCAGGUAGUGAAACCACUGCCCAGUUUUACACUGUCACCUAUUUGAUUCGGUAUCUGUCGG